GUAAAAAAAUAAUACCUAAAAAUCUUUUUGAAUUCAAGCAAUACAAGUAAAAAAAUGAAAACUAAAUAAAAUUCCAAAUUUCCAAGAAUAAAACACCACAAUUAAUUUUUUUAAUUGUACGUUAACUUCGUAUCUCUCACCUGACAUUCUAAAUAAGUGGUAAAUAAUAAUGUCAACAACAAUCACAAGAAAAUGAUAGAAAGGUUUUUAAAGAAUUUUUUGAAGUGAAUUUAAACGAAAUAGAAAAUGCUUUAAAGUUAUAAUGAUGGAAUAUAGUGUUCAUUGAAAGCAAUAGAUAGAAAUGGCAAAUAUUAAUUGGUAUCAACAAAAUGGGAAGUAUAUGAACGGUUAUUCGACCAUGGGAAAUGACGAAAUAUUUUUGUGUUCAUUAGCUGAUGUUCAGCUUAGAUUUUUAUGUCCAGAAGAUCUGGAUGAGGUACGAACACUAUGCCAAGAUUGGUUUCCAAUUGAAUAUCCUUUUUACUGGUAUGAAGAAAUAACUUCAAGUAAUAGCCGGUUUUAUUCAUUAGCAGCUGUAUAUAAGCAUCAAAUUAUAGGACUCAUAGUUGCAGAAAUUAAACGACAUUCAUGUUUGAACGAAGAAGAUUCAGGAAUCUUAGCGAAAUGCUUUCGAGAUUGUGAUAUAGCUUAUAUUUUAUCCCUUGGAGUUAUUAAAGAAUUCCGGAGAAAUGGAAUAGCAACAUUAUUAUUAGAUUCACUGCUAAAGAAUUUGUUAACCCCAGAAAGAAGAAAAGUUAAAGCAGUUUUUUUACACGUCCUUACAACAAAUUCAGCUGCCAUUAGGUUUUACGAGAAAAGAAAAUUUAGGCUUCAUACGUUCUUGCCUUAUUAUUAUUCAAUCAAAGGGAAAUGUAAAGAUGGUUUUAUGUAUGUCCUUUAUAUAAAUGAUGGACAUCCACCUUGGUCACUAUAUGAUUACAUAAAAUUUAUGUGUGGAAGAGUGAUAAAAGGCGUGGGAUUUUUUCCCUGGAUUAUAUUCAAUGUGAACAAAGCCUUAGGUUGGAUGUGGAGAGGUCACGGUAUCCGGAACGCAGAAAUCCAUUGAUCCCAAGUAACUAGUCUAUUUAUUUAGUUUUAGUAUUUUAGCAAAUAUUCCUAAUCGGCUACCAAAUAUAAUUAAUAGAAAAAUAGUCAAUACGUUUUUUUCAUAAUUUCCUAGAUAAAUAAUUGUUAUUAGGAAUAUAAAAUUGUUAUUAAUUAUUUGGUAGCCCAUUUUUGGUACAUUAUUUUUAUUCUAUUAAAUUUUCUAGACGAAUUUAUGAGUGAGAUAUUUAUUUUAAUUAAAGAAUUAUUAUGUUGAAAGGUACACACCUUUUCUAAGUAUUUCAAUAGAGUAAUACAUAUAUACAUAGAGAUGCUUGAAAUACAUUGACAACUACCGUAUGAUCGAAAAAAAAACGGCGUCCAGUUGGCUUGGAAAUGAUCGAUGACAUUUCCCAUAUAAUUUUACAUAUAAAAUGACAGCGAUCUUCAUUUCAUAGCCAUCGUUGACGCCGUUUUUAUUCGAUCAUACGGUAUAACUACUAUAGUUAGUUAUUGUUUUCUUUUAAAUUGGUACUGUCAUUAUUAGGUAGGUAUACAGGGUCAUCGUAAUGGUCGGUUAGAAGUUUAUGAUUACAAGAUAUCAAAGAAAUGCCAUCACCCAUUCUCCAUACAGAGUGUUUCAAAUUCAACCUUUGGGAUCUCGGAAAAGGUAAGAUUUACAGGGUGGCUUAAAUUUGGACAAAGUUGCCUGUUACUUAUCUGUGUCAUUUCCGAAAAUAUGGCGGAAAAACUGAAAAUUAAAUAUUUAAUUAAUUAAAUUAAAUUUUUAAGAGUUUAUUUUGACAAAAAAUUUUUUAGCUUUAUCUUUUGUGGUUAGGUCAUAAAUAACCUAGUACGUUUCGUUUUUCUAAGGCUAUCAUCGUCGUAUCAUCAUAUUGUUAUUUAAAUACAGUCUGGAUUUUUUGUUUCAUUUUUAUAAGCUUACAACCUCCCAAAUAAGGUGGGUGGACCUUGGAAGGUCACUCUAACGAAUAAACAGUUUUUAUUAGUUCAUUUACUGGAUAAAUGAAAGAAACAAAUUAUUAACACUUUGUUUUAUUGUGUAACAUAUACAUUACUUUUUUUUUAUUCUAGAUGUAAUCACUAUUUAUUAAACUUAACAAAAAUUAAGCACUCUCAAAUUGCCUUGUCAGGAACAGGGCUCCAUACAAGGCCAAUAUUAUAAAUCAGUCAUUCAACUUAAAACUAGAGUUGUAUUAAUUAAAAUAUCCACUUUUACUACAACUACAUAAAAAUCUUUCAUUUAAACGAAAAAUAAAAUGCUUAACAUAUUAUAAUAUUCUUUAAAAAACUCAACAAACUUACCUUGAACGUUAUCGUAUAACCAAGAAUAUAUUAAUGGAAAUUAUUAAAAAAUUAUAGUAAUGAGUAUUAUAUGGAUAACAAAUAAAUUGCCAAUGCGUUUUAGAAUUAAUUACCAAAAAAUUACCUAUAAAGGCCUUAUGGGUUUGUUCUUUGUAAAGCUAAAAUGUUUUUUUAGCUAAAAAGUUCAAUAACCCUAAAUAAAAUAAAUAAUAAUAUUAUAAACUUAAAACAUUGUUUCAACUUUCCCAGUACGUAUUUAUAACUAAAAACUAAGUGUUCAUAUUAUCAUGAUUAUUUGUAAAUGUUCCUAGUAAGGCCCGUGUACCCCAGCAAGGCCAACCGUCAAAUUUUUAUUGGCUUGAUACGAACUUAUAAGGAACCACCGGCGCUCAUAGGAAUACUACCGAUAUUUUAACUGAAAUCAAAGCAAAAUGUAAUCAUUUUGCAAUCAAUUUUUUUCUUUAGUACUUAGUUUUCUUUCUUUCUAUGUUCUUGAGUUUAAUGGAGCUUAGUGUGAGUGGAAAGAAAUUGUCAUUACAUGACAAUAACUAUGACUUUUUUAUAGUUGGCCUCAAAGGUGCAUGGCCUUCCAUGGUUCACCCAUCUUACAAUGGUGUAUAUCGCACUUACCAAAAAAAUGUUGCUUGUUUUUUACACGCAGAUAACGAAAGUGACCCUUAUACCCAUCUCUCUCCAAGACAUUACCUCUUAUAAGAAUAUUCUUCAUUCUACUUAUCUUGGGCAAAUCCUCUACAUCAUUGUAUUUGGGAGGUCAUAAGCUUGUAAAAAUUUAAUUAACAAAACCAUAUGCGCAUUUAGAAAAAUAAAGUUGAUGGUGGCUCUAGAAAAAUGAAACGUCGUAAGUGAUUUUUCACGUCACCAAAGGAUGAACCUAAGGAGAUUGAGAAUACCUUUAUAGAUUUUUUUUCUAAUGGUCAAAAUAAACUAAAAAUGCAAACCAGAAAUUUCACUUUUUUCGUCACAUUUCCGGAAAUGUCAAACUUCAGUUACUAAACGGAUUACCAUUGAGCUCACUAAUAGGUAACUUUGCUCCAUUUUAAGCCACCCGGUGUCUCUACUGUUUCCUAGAUCCCAAUAGUGAGAGUCGAAUUUGAAACACCCUGUAGAAGCUUGACCUACCAUCUAACAUAAACCACCCUGUAUAUUGACAGCGAAUUACGUACUGUUUAUUUAUUUUUUAAGUCACAACUUGUUAUAAACGUUGUUUUUAGUUUCUAUUUUAUAGUAACAGGAACAAACAAUGAAAGUGUAUGGAAAUUUAAAAAAACAAACAUAUACCAAAGAUUUUUUUAUUAAUAUAUAGGAUUUUAGUUACCGUGCCUUAAACAGUAUAUUUAUAAUUUACAAAUGAAGCAUAUAUGGACUGUUAUUAAUUUGAAACCCUAUUUAUUCAAAAUAUACAGGGUGUGAAUAAAUUAAGGGAGGGUUUUAAAAAAAAUAAAACUUGGUUAAUAUAAGCUCUGCUUCUUUUUCAUUUACGUAUUUGCACCCUGUAUAUUAAGUAUUCUACGAUUUUUUCACCUGAUAGAUUUUUAGCACAGAACAUUUAUUUUAAUUCCAUAGAAACAAUAGUUAAAAAUACAUCGCCUCAUUUAGCAAAAGUUCAUAAAUUUUCAUGCACUUU